GAGACACAAACCUCAACCAAAACUCUAACAUGGACCACAAGUUAUCUAGUUAUUUUACCGUGUUCAUGUGGUCCACAGAGGUUUCUGCGUGUUCACAGUGACUGUGCAGGACUGACCUGGAAGAGAAAAACACGUUCUGACCAUUAACUCAGUGGGAGUUUAAUGUUUAAACCCAGAGCGGAACCAGAGGCAGCUUCGUCCAGCCUGCAGCCCGACACACAGCUCUGCCCGCCGCGCUCCACGAUCCAUCACACGCCGUCACUCUGCCGCUGCUCCCCGCGGACAGGAGCCGCCAUGGAGAUCUCAUUUGCGGGUAAACGCGCUCUGGUCACCGGAGCUGGAAAAGGGAUUGGCAGGGCCACGGCUCUGGCUCUGGCACGCUGUGGGGCAAAGGUCACGGCGGUCACACGCACACAGGCUGACCUGAACAGUCUACUGCAGGAGUGUGCAUCCAUCACCCCGGUGUGUGUGGACCUGGCAGACUGGGGGGCCACGGAGGUAGCCCUGCAGGAUGUCGGCCCUAUCGAUCUGCUGGUGAACAACGCCGCCUGUGCCAACCUGCAGCCGUUUCUAGAGGUCACACCCGAGCAGUUUGACCAGUCAUUCAGUGUGAAUGUGAAAGCUGUGCUGCAUGUGUCCCAGAUAGCGGCUCGUGGUAUGAAGGCCAGAGGAUCAGGAGGCUCCAUUGUCAACGUGUCCAGCCAGGCCUCACAGUGCGCCCUCAGAGACCACGCUGUCUACUGCGCCACUAAAGGAGCCCUGGACAUGCUGACUAAAGUGAUGGCUCUGGAGCUCGGACCCCACCAGAUCCGUGUGAACAGUGUGAACCCCACGGUGGUGAUGACUGAGAUGGGUCGUCUGGGCUGGAGCGACCCCGAAAAAGCCAAGGUCAUGACGUCCCGCAUCCCCUUAGGCCGCUUCGCAGAGGUGGAGGAUGUGGUGAACAGUAUCUUAUUCCUGUUGAGCGAUAAGAGCAACAUGACUAACGGAGUCACUCUGCCGGUGGACGGAGGCUUUCUGGCGUGCUGACCAACACGAGCCCUGCUGCAGUACUCCUGCCUCUAGAACAACCUGUGUCAUCGCCUCACUGCCGCACACACACACACACACACACACACACACACACACACACACACACACACACACACACACACACACACAGGUCAAUCUUUAGUAAAUAAAUGCACCCACUGCA